AUGAACCUUCAUGAUGCUUGUUCUUCUGAUGGCUCAGAGGACGCCACGAAACAUCUCAGUUCGAUUCUUGAGAAGGGCCUUUCUCGUACAUCCAAGGCAGUUAAAGCGGAAAACCAGCUCUCUGUACGCCAGUCUGCCUGGCUGGAUAGCACCGCUGAAAUCACGCCUCAGCCGGAGGAGCCUCAGGGGCCCUCGCCGCCUCCACAACCACCCACGGAAGAGAUGCUGGUGGUGACUCCGUUCUUGGCUAAACAUAUCGCUGACCAUAAUAAUAUCCCUUCCGAUAACUUCCACAAGUACUGCUACAGACACAACCCAGAAAUAAUGUGCAACAAACAGGCGGAUGCCGUGAAAAUGAAGGCUAUACAGCAUGAACUCGAAAAGCUACCUUCAAGAGACCAGGAAGCCAUUUCUCACGUGUGGUCCAUCUUCAGUGCUGCUCCUCAUUCCCACAGAAGCCUCAUUCUAAGGGGAUUGCUCACGCAAUGCUGUUUUCCGCAACUUUCCACUAUAUCUCAAGAAAUCAGUCAGCUCAUUCGCAUAGAUUUCAUUGCCACCCUUCCAGUGGAGAUCUCUCUAAAGAUUCUAUGUUAUUUGGACUGCAAGUCCCUCUGCAAUGCCGCACAAGUGUCUCGCAAAUGGAAAGAACUCGCGGACGACGAUCGUGUUUGGCACCAUAUGUGUGAGCAGCAUAUCGACAGAAAGUGUCCUAACUGUGGUUGGGGGCUUCCCCUCAUGCAUAUGAAGCGUGCUCGGGAGUAUAGCAACGACGACGAUUCUUCUGGGAACGCAAAGCGUCGCAAGGCGGAUUGCAAGAAGAGACCGUGGAAAUCUGUGUACAGUGAAAGAUAUCAAUUGGAAAAGAAUUGGAGAAACGGGAGUUACGUUUUGAAAACAUUCCAAGGACACAAGGAUGGCAUUACGUGCCUUCAAUUCAACAGAAAAUACCUCAUGUCCGGUUCAUACGAUGCAACGAUAAAAAUCUGGAAUAUGAAGACGGGAGAGUGUUUAAAGACAUUGACGGGCCACUCAAAAGGAGUACGUGCCUUGGCAUUCGAUUCUCAAAAACUUAUAACCGGAGGGUUGGAUUCGACUGUCAAGGUGUGGAAUUACCACUCAGGGAAAUGCAUUGCUACGUACAGAGGACAUGAAGACGCGGUAUCUAGUGUGGACUUCUCUGGGAAGACGAUCGUAUCAGGUUCUGCCGAUUGCACCGUCAAAGUGUGGCAUGUCGAUUCAAGAACAUGUUUCACAUUACGUGGACACAGCGAUUGUGUUAAUUGCGUUAAAAUCCACGAGCCAUCCAAUACAGUCUUUAGUGCAUCCGAUGACACUACUGUAAAAAUGUGGGACUUGAAGAACAAUCAGUGCCUUCGUGUUUUCGGCGGUUUGGAAAAUAACGGCCAUGUAGGUCAGGUUGAGACUGCCAUUCCUUUCAAGUAUGUUAGUGGUGAUUUGAUCGAGGAUGAAAAUGAGAGUGAGAAUGAAAACUCCGGUAACCAUUUACUCCACCAGCAGCAUCAAUACGAACAACAAACGCAUCAUCAAAACCACCAAACCAACUCGUCUCAGUCACCGCUGAGGCCAGAACCUUUGCCCGAAUUACCAGAGGGACCUGAUUACCCUACUCAUCUUCUUACAUCAUCAUUGGACAACACGAUCAAAUUGUGGGAUGUAAAGACGGGGAAAUGUGUCAGAACGCAAUUUGGUCAUAUAGAGGGUGUCUGGUCAAUAAGCGCAGAUACCUUUAGAAUUGUCAGUGGAGCUCAUGAUAGGUUGGUUAAGGUUUGGGAUUUGCAGGAUGGAAAAUGUUUACAUACUUUUGGAAACAACGCCAGUGUAAGCUGUGUUGGCUUGUCAAGCAACAUAUUCGUUGCAGGGCUUGAAAACGGUAUGAUAAAAAUGUAUAAUUUCACAUGUUAA